GCUCUAACUGGGAGUGAAACUCGGCUCUUAAUGGAAAGGAUUCGCUCUUUUCUCGAUUGUGCGUAAAGUAAUCAGCGCAUUUAGAAAUCGAACAUUCCUCUACCAUGUCGAGCAGUCUCUUAAUUAAAACCCUGGAGGACCUGAGUCUUGAUUCGGGCUAUGUGGCCGGGGAUUCCUGCCCAUCCCUCACUCUGUCCUCCUCUAGGCAGUCUCAGUCCCAUGUGAGCUCCCCUUACCGGGGGUCCUGGUGGCAGCACGCCGGCUCUCUCUACAGCCGGAAUGGCAGCUGGGACACGGUGAGCACGGUGCCGGAGGACGCGGCGGACAUCCUGGCCAAGUGUCCCUGUUUGCCAGAGCUGGAUGAAUCCCCGUGGACAGAGCAGGAGCUACGGGAAGUCGUGCGUAAAGUCGCCGGCUCAGGCUCAGCGUUCACGGGGGACGCUGUACACCGGCUGUCGGUUUUCCUGCGCAGGGCCUUGAUCCGCAUCUCCAGAGAAGCGCAGAGGCUGAGCGAGCUGCACAGGCGGUGCACACGCCUGGAGGUGCAGAGUGCGAUGAAUCUGGUGCUGAGCUGGGGUCUGGCUGAGAGAUGCGUGUCCUCCACGGUGAAGGCCAUCUCCCUGCACUGCAUGAGCUCCGGUGACACCGUGCGUCAGCGGGGCAAAUCUGCGCGCUGCGGGCUCACGCUCUCUGUGGGUCGCUUCUUCAGGUGGAUGGUGGAAACGCGCCUGUCAGUGCGUGUGCAUGAGUACGCGGCCGUGUGCCUGACAGCCUGCAUGGAAAGUCUGGCCGAGGAGGUGGCCGGACGGACUCUGCAAGCGGCGAGGCUGAGCGGGGAGGAGGUCACCUGCUGCCCGGUAACCGCUGAAGUGCUGGAGGGAGCUGUCAACAACGACGCUGAGCUGUGGGGGCUGCUGCAGGUCUAUGAGCAUCUAAUAUGUGGCAAAACUUCCAGCGGUGAGCUAUCACUGCCAGCCCAUGUCAGUCCAUACACGAAGGUUCCCGAGGAGCCAGUGGAGAGCAGGGAGGCGGCUUACAUCCAGCUGGAGUUACGCACCUUGGAGCAAGCCCUGCUGGCCACCUGUGUGGGUAGCAUCGCUGAGCUCAGUGAUCUGGUUUCUCGUGCGAUGCGCCACAUGCAGCGUUUACGCAGUGUGAGCCCCUCCAUCAGCCCUGCUCGCUCGGGGAGUCAGCUGUCGGUAUCCUGGGCCCCGGACGCCCUCCGCACGCUCUACUACUUCCUGUCCAGUCCACAGAUGGAGUCCCUGGAGAACCCCAACCUGGAGCCUGCUACCAUGACGCUCAGCAAGGAGAGGCCCUUCCUGCUCCUCCCUCCGCUCAUGGAGUGGAUCAGGGUCGCCCUGGUUCACGCCGAGCAUCGCCGCAGCCUGUUGGUGGACAGCGAUGACAUCAGACAGGCAGCCAGACAGCUCCUCCCUGGGUUGGAUUGUGAGCCCAGACAGCUGAAGUCAGAGUGCUGUUUCCACUCGUUUAAGUGUCUGGAUGCGGAGGCCGCUUCAGCCAAGUUCCAGCUGGACCUCGGCUUCAGGAUGCUCUCCUGUGGCCGAGCUGACCUGGUCAGCCAGGCCACACAGCUUCUGGGAGCCGAAGGGGUCAAUACUAUGGAUGAUCAGGGCAUGACUCCACUGAUGUACGCCUCCUCAGCAGGAGAUGAGGCGUUGGUCCAGAUGCUAAUAGAUGGUGGAGCUAACCUGGACCUGCAGGUCCCAGGCUGCUCCCCCAAACACCCAUCGGUGUACCCUGGCAGUCGACACUGGGUGGGCCUGACAUUCGCUGUGCUGCACGGUCACCUCUCUGUGGCUCAGCUGCUCCUGGAGGCAGGCGCUGAUGUGGAGGGAGGAGCCCUGACGGACGGCCAGGAGAGCUGGGCUGAGACUCCGCUCCAGCUGGCCUCUGCUGCAGGUGACUACGAAAUGGUGAGCCUGCUGCUCACCCAUGGAGCCGACCCCCUGCUCAGAGUGCAUCAUGGGAAUUCUCUGACACCCCCGCUGUACGAGGACAUGAACUGCUUCAGCUACGCUGCAGCGCAUGGCCACAGGAACGUCCUGAGGAGGCUCCUGCUGCAGCCCCGGCAGAGGAAGGAGGACAUCCUCUCUCUGGAGGAGAUCCUGGCUGAGGGAGUGGAGGAGGAGCAGACACACAAGGCCAGCACUCCCAAACAGUCUGCUGCCCCUCGCCCCCCAAGUGCUGGUCCCAGCCUUUGUAAAGCCAGGAUGAAAGCUCUCCAGCAGGCAGCCUAUUACAGUGCUGAGCACGGGUACCUUGAUGUGACCAUGGAGCUAAGAAUGAUGGGUGUUCCAUGGAGGCUCCAUGUGUGGCUGGAGUGCCUCCAGAGGGCCCAGCAGCUGUCCAGGGACGAAGUCACCCUCUCUCUCCUCAAUGAGUUUCCCUCUAUGAAGACAGAGGACUACAGCCAGGAGCUCCUCUCCACAGGCAUACCACUCAUGUUCAGCAUGCUUGUAACCAGCAAGGACUAUGUGAUAACCAAGAGGCUAGCGUCUGUGUUUUCCCACUGCUAUGGCCGCACUCCUGUUCCUCCUGUCCCAUCCAUGGAUGUCAGUUUGUCUACACAUCUAGAUGUUCAUUUCCUGAAUAAUCAAGAGAUGUCAGAUGUAACAUUCAUGGUAGAAGGGCGGCCGUUCUUCUCCCAUCGGGUGCUCCUGAUGUCAGCCUCUGAGAGGUUUCGGUGCAUGCUCGGCGACUCCCCUGACAACAUCAUCCACAUCAGCAACAUGAACUACAGCACAUUCCAGAUGAUGAUGAAGUCUCUGUACUGUGGAGGAACAGAGGGAGUCACCGUGUCACGCUCUGAUGCCAUGGAGUUACUGCCGGUGUCCAGUUUCUUCCAGCUGAAGGGGCUCCAGAGGUGCUGUGAGAUGCAGCUGUCAAGAAGCCUGACUCUGGAUUGUGCUGUUAACACCUACCUGACUGCUAAGCACCACGGAGCGUCUGAACUACGGAGAUUUUGUGAAGGAUUCUUCCUCCAGAACAUGGAGCAGCUCCUGCAGAGAGAGGACUUCCACCGCCUCCUCCUAGGAGGGCUGGGCCAGGAUCAGCUCUUCCCACAGAUGGACACCUGCGCUGGGCCAGGACAGCACCAGCUGCACCCCGUCCUCCUGUGGGAUCUGGAGGCCGCACUGGUCCACAGACUUUACACGCUCUACCCCUCGUGUCGAGAGUAAAGGCACAGCCAUAGCUACCGUUGUCGUUGACUUGCAUCAGCAUUAAAAACUGAAAACUGAAAUGUAUGGGAAUACUAGCCAUAUAUCCCCACAUAAGUCUUAGUAGUGAGAUCACGUUAGUGUAGAUCAUAGAUGAAGAAUACAUUGCGAAAAAUGUCCUUCUUAAUCUUAUCAAAUUUUUCAAAAUGAGUGAACUAUGCAUUGAAGUUGGACAUUUUUGGCAGUUUGCACAGAGUUAAGGAAGCCAUCCUAGUGGGUGUAUAUUCUCAGCAGCGGUGUGUAGGGAA